AUGGAAUCUUGGGAGGAUGAAGUUAGGAGAUUCAUGCUAGAGGAGGAAGAGGAUGAAGAGCUAUUCCUAGCUAUGGUCCCCGCUCUUCAGCAGUGUCUAUAUGAGGAGAAAAGGCCGGAGCACACCUCAACUCUGCCUGAUGCUGAAAAGGUCAUACAAAUCUUGGAAGGCCACGAGAAUUGGUGCAAAGUGGAGUUCAGGAUGGAGCCUGAGAUAUUUAGAGUUAUAGCAAAUUAUCUUAGAGUGGAGAAUUCAUUACGUGACACCCGUGGUGUUAGAGUUGAGGAGCAAUUGGGAAUGUUUAUGUUCAUGCUCUCUCAUAAUGCAAGCACCGAUAGGCUAAAAAAGGAAUUCCAACAUAGUGGUGAGACAAUUCAUAGAAAAAUAACAGAGUUCUUUGAUAUAAUUACAACACUAACUCAUAGAUUUUUGAAUCUCCCAAAUGUGAACCAUACACAUGUGAAGAUUGUAUCAGACCCUUGCUUUAUGCCUUUCUUCCAGAACUGUAUUGGGGCUAUUGAUGGCACUCAUGUUCCUAUCACCAUUGCACAAGAAAGAGCCGCUCCCUACAGAAAUAGGAAAGGAACCUUGUCACAGAACGUGAUCCAUGUCAACGGAAAGGGCUACAUGAGCUACACGUAUGAGAAAGGACUUGUGGAUAUUCUGAAAGAGCUUGUCAACAUCCCAAUGUUUAAGGGAUAA